AAUAAUAAUAAAACAAAACGCUUCUGGUGUUCAUUGACAAAUAUCGCACACCGCUUUCCCUUCCAAAAUUCAAUUCGAUCACGCGUACCAUACCUUUCUCUGAUCAUCAAAUUUUACUUUUCUUUCCUCGAUCGUUGAAUUUUCUUUCAGAUUUCUGGUAUUUAGUUACAGAAAAAAGGGACAAUAAUAGAGAAAUUGGAAUGGGUCAGGCCUUUCGCAAGUUAUUUGACACUUUCUUCGGCAAUUCUGAGAUGCGGGUUGUGAUGCUUGGGCUGGAUGCUGCUGGAAAAACAACUAUAUUGUAUAAGCUUCACAUUGGAGAGGUUUUAUCUACAGUUCCUACAAUCGGGUUCAAUGUGGAGAAGGUUCAAUAUAAAAAUGUGAUAUUCACAGUGUGGGACGUGGGAGGACAAGAAAAAUUAAGGCCCUUAUGGAGACAUUACUUUAAUAAUACUGAUGGGCUGAUCUAUGUUGUGGACUCUUUGGAUCGCGAGAGAAUUGGAAAGGCAAAGGCUGAGUUUCAGGCCAUCAUCAAAGAUCCUUUUAUGCUCAAUGCUGUUAUAUUGGUGUUCGCAAAUAAGCAAGACAUGAAAGGAGCAAUGACCCCAAUGGAAGUUUGUGAAGGCCUGGGUCUCUACGAUCUUAAAAACAGAAAAUGGCACAUACAAGGGGCUUGCGCUCUCAAAGGAGAUGGCUUGUAUGAGGGCUUGGACUGGUUAGCAAGCACUUUGAAAGAGCAUAAGGCUGCUGGAUUCUCUUCAGUGGGCACCUCAACAUUCUAAUGGGGUUUCACUCACCAAACUCUCGAGAAAUCAGCAGGCGUGUAGAUUUGUGACAGAAAAGAACUGAGGUGUCUGUAAAUUAGAAAGCCCUCAACUCUGAAUGAUAUUCCCGUCUUUGGGUUGUUUCCCGAGCUCAUAAAGUGAAUUUGUACUUUCUCAAGUUCUUGACUGGCACUUUGAUAACUUGGUUGGAUCAUGAAACGAUAGCCCAACUGCAGGGAUACUUUUACUCACGGAAUUUAUGUUUAUGAAUCACUUGGUAAUUUGAAAAUAUUAAGUUCUCGAGUUGUCAAAUGGCAUUC